UUAAUAGUCCUGGGUAUGUACACAAGUCUUUUACCUUCAGCAAAAGACUUAUACAACAAUAUUGAGAUUUUGGCUCCAAAAAAGAAAAUGGACCUGAAAAAAUAUGGAACUCUUGUUAAUUUCAAGCAUGCUGAGAUACUUAAGAUUGAUCUAGAAGCUGAGAUGGUGAGCACUGUAGCUGGCAUUGGAAUUCAAGGUACAGAUAAAGAAGGUGGAGCUCAAGGAGAAGAACAACCCAUUAGUUCUCCUUGGGAUGUAGUUUUUGGAACGUCAGGUUCAGAGGUCCAAACAGAUGACAUUCUGUGGAUAGCCAUGGCGGGGACUCAUCAGAUAUGGGCACUGCUGCUGGACUGUGGCAGGCUACCAAAGAAAAAUGAGCUGAAAAAAGGAACCUGCCUUCGGUUUGCUGGAAGCGGAAAUGAAGAGAACCGAAAUAAUGCAUAUCCUCACAAGGCAGGCUUUGCCCAGCCUUCAGGUCUCUCUCUGGCCCCCGAAGAUCCCUGGAGCUGCCUGUUUGUCGCAGACAGUGAGAGCAGCACGGUGAGAACUGUCUCGCUGAAAGACGGAGCAGUGAAGCACCUCGUGGGAGGAGAAAGAGAUCCCAUGAAUUUAUUUGCUUUUGGUGAUGUUGAUGGAGAAGGAAUCAGUGCCAAGCUUCAGCACCCACUUGGAGUAACUUGGGACAAGAAAAGGAAUCUACUUUAUGUGGCAGACUCUUAUAAUCACAAGAUUAAAGUUGUGGAUCCAAAAACAAAAAACUGUUCAACAUUAGCAGGAACCGGAGACGCAAGUAACAUUAUCACUUCCAGCUUUACCGAGUCAACUUUUAAUGAACCAGGAGGCUUGUGUAUUGGGGAGAAUGGCCAGUUAUAUGUAGCAGACACCAAUAAUCAUCAGAUUAAAGUGAUGGAUUUAGAAACAAAAACAAUUUCUGUGCUCCCAGUCUUCAGACCUGACAAUGCUGUGGUAGAUGGCCCAUUCCUGGUCGAGAAACAGAGGACAUUGCCCAAACUGCCUAAAUCUGCUCCAAACAUUAGACUUUCUCCAGUGGCUGCAUCACCAGGCCAGACUCUCCAGUUCAGACUAAGAUUAGACCUCCCAUCAGGAGCAGAGCUGACCGAAGGGGUACCCAGUUGUUGGUUUCUAACAGCUGAAGGUACGAGAAUAAUCUUGCAAACGUUCCAGUAUGAAAUUGUAUUUACCAGUCUACCUUCCAGUAAUACAGUGCUCUAAAUCUCAGAGUCCAUUCUAAAGAAGGAAAUUGAUUUUCCCCUUUUUUUGUUUAUUUUUUAAACGUACUCUCUUAACUGAAGUAACUUGAUUUAGGCUUUUUCCAAUUCAGUUUUUUGGUGGUUUUACUACUAUCUUUUACUUUUCCAGAUCUGCAUCUAUCAAGUGCUUUAGAACUUUCAGUUGCUGUUCAUUUUAUUUCAAAAGGACUUGAUUUACCACUUAAGCCUGAAGCUGCAUUUUCUUCUUUAGAGAUGCCAGAGGUAGAACCUGAGCCCCAUUACUUGCUUGCUAUAAGAAAAUGGAUGCCAAAACAGUAUCUUAAAAGCAUGCCAUCCAAGUAGAAGAACAAAACGUUGUUGGAGGAUAUGUAAUUGAAUACAAAUGAAUCACUGUGAUCAGAAUGCAGGCAGAGCCUUUGUCCUUACUAAUUUGUAGUCAUUUAAGCUAAGAGCACUUCCUGUUCGAGUCUAUUCUCAAGUAAAGUAUUCAGCGACUGUAAAUUGUGUAAAGAUUUGAAUGUGUAUUUGAAGUGCUGUGUGCUCUUGAUUAAAGUAUAAGAAGGAAUCAGCCUGCCGCUUGCCUGAUAGCAGUGCUUUCCAGCCCCUCUAAUCAACUGUGAAGUAAAAUAUUAGCGGUCCAGAACUAAGGGCUGACUUCUUGUCUCUAAUGACCUUCCUCUGUCCUGGUCUCCCACGCUCUUUCGCAUGUUCUCAGUCUUCCAUUUCCUCCCGCCUCCCCCCUCCUACCCUCUCACACACUUCUGUGCCUUCCCCAGUCCCAGGCUCUAUGCCUUCCUACCUUGCUACUUUCUCAGGGCAGCCGCUGCUGUCCUGCAGCUACCCGCUGGGCAGCCACACCAAGAGAACCCAGAGAUCUUGGUCGUGUAGCCAGGAGGAACUGCUGGGUCAGAGUUGGGGAGGCUGGCCCUGGGGUGACUGAAACCACCCCCGCCCACCACCAGGGCGAGAGCUGAGCUCUGCAGGUGAGGAGGAGGAAGACGUUCGGAGCCAGUUCUGUGGACAGGAGAGUACUCAAACCCUGGCCAGUCCUCAGUCCUCGACUGUCGGCUGAACUGUUGUGCUGUGUCUCUUAGUCUGCAAGGACUGCAUCGAUUGGCGAUCACUGUUAAUUUCAUCUCUCUGUUGUAACUAAAGAAAGAGCAGUGGAUUGAUUUUUAAAAUGCGAUAUUGACAAAUUAACAUGUUUGAGUCUGUUUGGUCCAACACAGAGAUUAAUAAUGAGCCACUGGAAUACAAAAUACAGGUAAGUGUUAAGGUGAAGUAGUCUGUAGAGAAAAAGCACUUGUCCAAAAUAGUGGUUCCAUUUUUAUUGUACAUGGGCAAAUAAGCUUUCAGGCAAGAGUCCUAAUAAUUUAAGGUUUUUGAAAAUUAUUUUAUAGGGUACAUUUGUUACAUCCAUGAUGAAAGGAAAGUUUUUCUUCUUGGCCAAUUAUUCGAAGAACUUAAAACAUCUAUUUUUAACUAAAUUUUGG